CGAGCCAGGGAUGCCUAUGCAGUGACAGAAAAGUCGAAGCUGGAUCAACCCCCCUCCGGAUCAGAACCGGUGCGUUCAACAAAAGAAGAGCGGGUUUACGCUGUUCACCGGAAUCCACGACACAUUACACACCGUUUACUCUCUGUCCGUUUCAUAGGGCAGGCGUAGAAGCGGGCCGCUUCUCGCCUCUCACGUGUUGGCGCGCUUUAAUGACAUGCAAUUUUGCAACGUAGCUCACCGCCACGAGUCCUUGGCGCUGGGAACUAUAUAAACGGACCGCUUAUAAUUGGCUAGGCUAGCUGAAAGAUUUUUAACCGUCCAGCACUAUGUCGUUCCAAGCCGUGGUCGUCGUCGCGCUAUGCGCCGCCACCCUCGUCAUGGGGGAUUAUCAACUUCCUGCAACAGUGAAAACUUGCAAAAGGGAUUCAGACGAUUUUUCAUCAUGUUUGCGGCUCGCCAUUCAAGAAGCAUGGCCCACAUUCGUUCCAGGAUUACCAGAAUUCGGUAUACCUUCUCUUGAUCCCUAUUACGUGGAAUCAUACUCGAUGGAACACGAAAGUGGACAACUUCGUGGAAAAAUAUCAGUCGCGGAUGUUCGAUUGUACGGUCUUGCCAAAUCACGUUUCUUAUCCGUGAAACCGGAAAUGGAUGGUGAUUUCUUCCGAUUGGAAAUUGACGUCGAGAUACCAAAACUUCUGAUCGAUGGCGACUACAAAGCCGAGGGAUCGCUGGCUACUUUCAAAAUGGGUGGAAAAGGAUUCUUCAACGUCAGCAUGGAGAACAUCAGAACCACUUGGGACAUUUCAGGCCACGUAGUCAACGACAGAUGGGUCGUGGAACAUUUCAAAACCGCGCCAACGAUCAGCAGCAUGAAGAUCUGGUUCAGCGAUCUCUUCAACGGAAACGAAGAACUGAAUCGUGCUGCUUUGGUCUUCAUCAACGAAUAUUGGCCCUUGGUAUAUCGAACAAUGUUACCAAAAUUAAUAGAAAUGUGGGAUACGUAUCUGUCCGAGUUCUCCAAUCGUUUCUUCUCAAAGAUACCGUUCUCAACAAUCUUUCCUUGAAAUCAAUGUUGAGAAUAUAACAAAUAAAAAUAUAACAAAUAAUUACAAAAAAAAAAUGAUAGAUUUAA